AUGUCUCAAGAGUUACCGAAGAGGAUUUUUAAGGAGGGCGAGGAGACCCAAGUGACUCAGAUCAACAACAACUGCAGGAUCGACUUCAUUAUCAGAAAGUUGGAGGAGUGGCUGCCAAAUGAGUUGAGAGAAGUGAAGAAAGAUCCAGUUUUUAGUCAGAUUUUUAAGCUACAUGAGAAUGGUCUUGGGUUCUCCGCAAGAGUGAUACACAUUUUCUUGUGUAGGGAGCUGGUGACUUACAAACAGCACGAGCUCUGGUUUGUCUUUGCGAGGAGAGCACUUCGGUUUUCACUGCAAGAGUUCCACGCAGUAACCGGGCUUCAGUGCGAUACUAGUAUCUCGCUUCAGGAGUUCAGUGACUGGGAUGAUGAUGAUGGGUUCUGGAGCAGGGUAUUGAAGAAGAAAGAAGGGAUUACAAUCUACAAUCUGUGGAUUAAGCACAAGAAUGCGGUGAAGAAGUGGCGUAAUGCAGAUCGCAUCAGAUUGGUCUACCUUUGCAUCAUUAUGUAUGUGGUUUUAGCGAGAGAUGAGAAGGCUAAUAUCCCCCUCAAAUACAUCAAGGUGGUCAUGGAUCUUGAGAAGCUUCGUAGGUAUCCUUGGGGAGUUGCUGCUUAUGAUUUCCUCUGCGACUCAGUAGUAAAAACGCGUGACUUCCUAUCUGAGAAGACUACUAGUUACGUGUUCGAUGGCUUCUCCUACGCCUUGCAAAUUUGGGCAAUGGAAGUUGUACCAAAGAUUGGAAAGCUCUGUGGUAAAAAGCUGGUCAAGGGUUUUAAGGAUGGUCCUAGAUGCGUUAACUGGAUGGGAGCUGCGAAGGUGUCAUAUGACGAGAUCAUUCACUUGGAGAGCAUCUUCACAAACGAGGAUGUCACUUUUCCAUACAUCUCAUGGACAGGGAAUAUGGAUGUUAUCGAGGAUGACCAAUUUUGCAGAGCUGGUGAUGUGAGGGAUGAUGGAAUCAUCGUUCUGAAGGAGAUGAUAAGUAAGAAGUAUGACUUCAGUGAGCACAUCUGGGAGUACGAAAACACUCCGGAGAUUUCUUUAGAUCUUAAUGACGAAGCUGUGAAUGGUGAAGGAAAUGGGAAUGAGAGUGAUGAAGACUUUCAGACUCCAAGAGGAUCAACGACUGAUGUGUCGUCUAGAAAGGGAAAUAAGAGGCUUCCGGAUCGUGGUAUGGAGAAAAGGAAGCAUAAGGUUCUCUCUAGUGGACCAAAGCAAGCACCUUUUAGUGAAGACAUGAAAGCUUUUAUGACCCAGUUGUUUGAGGCGAAUUUGUCUGGAAUGGAGCAGAGGCUACAGAAACAGAUGGAUGAGAAAUUUGAGCAGAUGAAGGCAGAGCUUAGAGAUUCACGUAAGGAAGCAACGGUUGAAGUUGAGCUUGGAGACCUAUCACCGAGGAAGCCAUCAACGAGCAAGCCAUCACCGAGGAAGCCAUCGACUUCACAGUCUCUUGUGCUAGUUUCAUCUACGGAACCAUCAGAGAGUGCAUUCGAUGUGCAUUUUAGUCAAGAAGAUGAUAUCAUUCACGGGAUGAGUACGCAAGGUGUUAAUGGGCUUUCUCAGGCGUCGUAUGUGACAGACUUUGACCCAUCUCAGACCCCAAAUGAAGAUGACUGGUGGACUCCAAUGAGUUCAGUCCGAGGUUCAAAAGUUAAACCAAUAAAGAAAGAAAAAGAUAAAGCUACAGCUCCACCGCCGUCACAGUGGAAGAAAUGGUACAGAGGAUUCACGGAUUGGGCUUUGAAUCCAAUUUCUUUACCGCUUGGGCCUACAAUCUUAAAUUUGUUUCUCGCUACAAGGGUAGUAAGUCCUGGGAAAUGGCUUGGAAACGAGGAAAUGGAUGCAUUUAUGUUUAUGUGGCGAGUGAAGACAACAUUGAACCUUUGGGCCCCAAAACGUGUUGCUUUCAUGAGUGCUAUGUUCUGCCUCCAAGUCCAUGCUGCAUUCAUCAAGUUUUCGCCGAACAGAAAAGCCUAUAAAUUGACUGAUUUUCUUCUUGGGUACGGCAGAGGAGAGCUUCCAUCUCAUGGGCGGACUGAUCAAGUUUGGGGUGUCGAUGUUGAUCGGCUCUACUUUCCUCUGUUUGUAAAUGGUAAUCACUGGGUUGCUGUCUGUGUCAACAUCAUUGAAAAAAAAGUGGAAGUCUAUGAUUGCGGUGGGGGAAAGAAUAGACAACACGUUGAAAAGUUUGCUGCUCUGAUUCCUAGGAUAGUGAAGGCGGUUGCACCACCUGAAAGACAGAAGCCGCUACUCCUCUCUGCAUAUACUAUCGUGGAUGUGCCUAUGAAGAAGAGGUUGAACAAGAGUUGUUGUGAUUGUGGUGUAUACGCGCUCAAGCACUUGGAAUGCCUUCUGCUUGGUCUCGACAUCAGUUUGGUGGAUGAUGAAAUCAUCAUGGGUUGCAGACAGAAGCUUGGUGUGGACUUAUGGGAGGGUGCACACGAACCCAUCUACGCUGAGGCUAUGACACGAUAUGUGCCUUCACCAUGGGAGAGGUCUGAAGCAUAUGACCUAGAAGAUUGA